AUGAAUUUUCCAGUCAACAUAGUUAGUGCUGGAGAACUGUCCACGGGCAAAUGGCAAAUCGGUCUGAUUCAUAAAAAGACCUCUGUAUCCUAUUCACUCUAAAAAGGGUCAGCGAAUCCAAAGGAUGAGCGUUACUUGUAUCUUAUUGUAUUUGAGAAAUCUUUUACUGAUUUUAAUCAAAAAUGUUUUGAUUAUAUAACACAAGUUUUAAAACGUAAAUGUAUUCUUAUUCGAAGUAAAGCUGAUAUUCUUUUUAAAGAUCUUUAUCAAGAAGAAAUUGGAAAUGAAUUUAAUACAGAAACCUAUAAUAAAAAACGAAUACGUAGUAUAAUUAAAAAAACAUAUGAACAAUCAUUAAUUACUUCAAGAGAUAAUAAACAAUCAGAAAAGGUUUUUCUAACAACAAUUGAUCAAAAUAAUGAUUUAAAAGAUACAAUUAUUGGUCAAUUUGAUUUCGAAUUAUUAAAAGAAAAAAUCUUUGAAUUAUCUAGAAAAGAUUGUCGAAUUGAACAAAUAUAUAAACUUGCUCUUCUUAUUUCAAAAAAUAUAAUUAAUAUUUGUUUUCGACGUGGUUAUGUUGUUUCCAAUACUUCAUAUCAAUUAUUGGGUGCUGCUUGUAGUAUUAUACCUUUUGCUGAUGAAAUACCUACGUAUUUUGGUAAAGAAAAAAUUUGUCAAGUAUUCGGUGUUCAUGAUAGAUUUUCUUCGACAAAUAUUUUAUAUGAAACAAAAAAUUCUUUAGAAAAAUAUUUAAUACAAUAUAAAUUAAUUAUUCCAAAAGAGAAAAUUAGUUCAAAUUGUUUUCAUUAUUUAAUAUCUCAAAAUCAACAUAUAUCAAAUGAAAGAAAACAAUUUCAAAGAGGACAAUCUAUUGAUAUACAAUCGACUUGUAAUGAACAACGCAAAACUUCGAAAUCACUAAAGAAGCAUGUUCUUGGAUCUAGCGUUGCUUCUCUGGGUAUGACUGUCACAAGUACAGUAGUACAAGUAUCAGACGAUGCUCUACGUUUAGCAGUUCCUACUGUAGCAGGAGCAUUACGAGUAGUAUCUAUUGUUGGCGUUGUUGCAAGUGUUAUUGUAAUGCCGAUCGUUGCUGCAUGGACUUUCUAUAAUACAGGAAAUCGAAUGAAUAUACAUCUUCAUAAACUUUGCAAUGAUUUUUAUCAUAUUUUAAAUUAUUUUAUUGUUAAAGUAUGUAAUCAGACUUGUGAACAUAUUCCAGCAGUUGAUUUAUCUUCUUCUUCGUCUUCUUCUAAAGAAGAAACAUUACCGGACGAUGAAGAUUGGAUGUAUACAUAG